AUGGCGCUGGUUGCCGGCUUUAGAGGAGCAGAAGACUCUGCCGCUAUCACGCCUGCUGCAAAACUCGAGAGUGACGUUCGAGCUUGUAAGUUGUGUUUGGUGCAGAACAUUGAAAGGACCUCCGGCCUUGACGCCCCCACGCUCCGCUUGACGGGGCACUCGGGAGAGCUCUAUGCGGUUCGCUUUUCUGUCGAUGGGAGGAACGUGGCGACGGCGGGAGCGGACCGAAGUGUUUUAGUGUACAACGUGUACGGGGAAUGCCGAAGCUGGCUGGAGUUGAAAGGCCACAAGAAUGCAAUCCUCGAUCUCGCGUGGAGUGACGAUGGAACGAAAAUGACGCAUGCGCGCGUCCAUCACCGCUCCCUUUUGGCUGCGUUCGCCUUGUCUUGUUUGGUUCGCUGUGGCGUGCCGCACAGGCGGCUGUACACGGCGAGCGCAGACGAGAGCCUAGCCAUUUGGGAUGUGGAAACGGGAGUGCGUGUCAAGAAGCUCAAGGGGCACCUGUCGAUCGUGAAUGCAGUCUCCGUCUUUGGCGCGCGGACUGUCUCGCCAGUUCCCGUGUAUGGCCAUGCUGCGGCUGCGGCUGCCGCUGCUGAGGCAAUGCCUGGCUCUGCGGGAACCGCGGGUAAAGUGCCAGCGCUGAUGGAGUUUGCGCCUGCCGAGUCCGAGCAAGCAACCAGCACGGCGAACAAAAAUGCGAACAACGGCGUCAAGAGUCACCUCUUUUCAACCGGCUCGAGUAGCUACAGCACCAAGUUCCUGCUCGCCUCCGGCGGAGAUGACGGUACUUCGCGGGUGUGGGAUCUUCGAACCCGCAAGUGUGUGCUGAAGGCGCAGCACCACUAUCAAAUCCUCUCCGUCGCCUUGGAUGGCGUGGGCUGCAGGGUGUUUGCAGGCUCCCUCGACAACACUAUCCGGGAGUAUGAUCUUCGGGGGGGCAUGAGGGAAGCUUCCGUCCUGGAGGGCCAUCAGGAUUCCAUCACGGGGCUGGACGUACACCCGGAAGGCACGCACCUUCUCAGCAACGGGAUGGAUCAUUCUGUGCGACUGUGGGAUAUCCAACCCUUUUUGGCAGGCCAAAAGCGGCAGAAGGCAGUGCUGCGGGGUGCCUUGCACAACUUUGAGAAGCAACUGCUGCGCGUCCACUUCAGUUGUGACGGCUGCUAUGCGGUUGCGGGCUCCUCUGACCGGAACGUGUGCAUCUGGGAUCUGGAGACAAUCCCUCCAAAGGAGCAAGGAGGAGACAGCACACGCAACCUUGUCUACAGGCUCCCUGGACACACGGGCUCCGUUAAUGACGCCAGCCUCCACCCCCUUGAGCCAAUAGUCGCCUCCGUGAGCUCGGACAAGACCUGUCUGAUGGGAGAACUCUCGUGA